GAUGUCAAAGAAUACGGGUUCUACGGUCUCAACACACAAUAUUCUUUCUUCGGCUUUGGCGACGGAUUUCUUCUGAGAAGAACGCUUAACAUAUCCGCCUUUUGGCUGCCAAAGUAUCUAACCGGAAAUAACUGGACUGACCCCAGAUAUAACACUCAACCGUUCAAUAAUCCUCAUAAUAUGGCGUACACUGUGCAAAAUAAGACAUACCUCUCAGCUACAUCCUAGGCAAAGGCAACGGUAGAUGCCAGCCGAUUCCGGAGCAAUAUGAGUGGGGCUUCUCAUGCAUACAACUCUUCAUCACGUUAUGUCUAUUGUUAAUCUGGACGAUUGGGAUAUACAUCAUGUGGUUGCGAGCCCGCAUGCAGCUACCACUCCAGGGACAACCCGAAGUUCCCAGGGGCUGGAAAUGCGUCUUGACCCUGGCCAAGUCAAUAGAUACGGAGUUUACAAAGAUCGACAUCAACCCGUAUACACUCAAGGACAAAGAGCUCAGGAAGAUAAUUCGUCGAGAACUCCACGGUGGAGAGGUUUCCUUUGACGCCCCUCUUACGAAUAUCAACGUAAGCUUCCGCCGGGUUUUCUGGAAUUGGCUGAAGGGAGAUAUAUGGUUGUACACGGUGCUGGCCAUUACAGGUGGGGUUUUCUUCACUGCCUUUUUAACCUCCGAUGUCAAAGUCAAGGUUUUCCUGGCUACUCUAUAUUCCACAACAUUUAUAGGUGUAAUCCUCGCACUCUUUGUUGGAACGUCCAAGAGGAGUAAAUGGGCUAUGACGCUGUUUUUCCCAAUAUCAGGGGUAUUUCUUUUUCUGAUCAUCGAACUUCCAAUUAUUAUGGGGCGGAAGGGAGAGGACGUAUAGUACUGAAGGCGUUGGAGAUGGCUUUCUCAACACGGCGGUGUCAAAGCGAGAGUACAUA